UAGCAAGCCCCGCCUGAUGGUAAGCGUGCUUGCUUCGGCAAGCGCGUACGCUAAAUUGGAUACGAUACAGAGAAGAUUAGCAUGGCCCCUGCGCAAGGAUGACACGCAAAUUCGUGAAGCGUUCCAAAUUUUUCUCUCUGAGCACUUCUUGCCGUGCUUUUCUGGCUUCCAGCUAUUACAUGAACGCGUUGACGCGGUAUGGGUCAACCUGGAGCUCAUUCAGCAGUCAAAUGCUGGGUCUUUUGUUUUGUUUUCCCUUCUACAUUGACAGAGUUGUCGUUUGCUAGGCUGUGAUUGGCCACUUGGCCUCGAGGUACGAGUUAACUAUGUGGCCUGAGAGCGGUUUGGGCUCCUCCCCCUUUUAUUCUGUAUUUGUUCUUUUUGAGUAAUUUGACAAGAAUUUGUCAGCAGUUGGUGUUGAUCUUUCUUGUGUCGAGUUCAGCAAGAGUAAAUGUAUCAAUUCCAAAUGUAUAAAUGCAUAUUUAAAUGCCUUGGUUACGAGAGCCUGCAGCUAUGCAGGGGGCACCGCGAUAAGGUGCGGCGUGUUCCAGCAGGCUGAUAUAUAGCAAGCCCCGCCUGAUGGUAAGCGUGCUUGCUUCGGCAAGCGCGUACGCUAAAUUGGAUACGAUACAGAGAAGAUUAGCAUGGCCCCUGCGCAAGGAUGACACGCAAAUUCGUGAAGCGUUUUAAAUUUUUUGUGUCGUUCUGCAAUAGUAAAUGUGUAAAGACCUUUACCCCUGAUAAUUAUAAAUCAUAAAAUAUUACAGUUGUUACAAUUAUGCUCUUUGAGUUCAUUGUUAGGGUGAAGGACGUGGGCCUAAAAUUUUUUUGUGUUUAGUGACAGAUUGCAAUCAGUCUGACCGCAGUGUUGGUGACUUCUUAAGUUGUCUUUCUCCACCUUCCCAAUUUGCGUAGGCAUUCCCAGAGGGAGAAGAGUUUUGGGUUUUUUCUUUUUUUGUUUGAGAUCAGUGUCGGCCAAGAAUAAAUGAUCAAAUAAACAACAUAAUUAUUCUUCAAUCACGAUAUGAUAUCAAAAUUCAAUGCUUCUUUCCCUGUUUCUGCCUGAUCAAGCCUGCUGGCUUCUUUCAUGUCAUAUAUCACAGGAUCCUCACUUUCCACUCUAAUCUUGCUUAGAUAGUUUUUUAUUAAUUUCCAAAUGUCCUUUAAGCAAUUAAAGUAAUCCGAAACUUGCUCUUUGAGGGCAAAUUUUUAAAUUCAAAAUUUUUUCCACAUCUUCCUUGUUGUUUUGUGCUUUGCUCAGCACACAAGAAUAUUGUUUGUGUUCAUUUUGACAAAAUAUGAGAUCAAAUGGAACCUGGAAAUGUUUUUAGUUUAGGUAAAAUUCACCCUACGGUAGUUGGGAUAGGCUUUGUUAGGUUCCAGCCCCCACGGAAGAUAAUGAAUGGACUCUAAACUGUAAAAACAAAAGAAAAUUCUUAAAUUUUCUUUGCAAAUAUCAUGUCAGUACCUGUAAAACUGUCAGUCUUUUGAAGUUGUUUCACUCAAAUCAAAUUGAAAUAAAGGGGAGUUAUUUUAAGUAACAUAAUUAUCUGAUGCAUAUUCAUUAUUUAUUUUUGUUUUUUUCCCCCAAGGAAUUGGUCAAGGGGUUCCUGUCGUAGCCUUGAUCUUUGAGGGUGGUCCCAAUGUGAUCCUGACUGUGCUGGAGUACCUUCAGGAGAGUCCUCCUGUCCCAGUGGUGGUGUGUGAGGGGACCGGCAGAGCUGCUGACAUAUUGGCCUACGUCCACAAGCAAACCGAGGAGGGCGGCGGCCUCCCUGAUGGAGUGGAAACAGACAUUAUUGCAACCAUCAAGAAAACCUUCAACUUCAGCCAAGGUGAAGCAAUCCAUCUCUUUCAGACUCUGAUGGAGUGCAUGAAGAGCAAAGAACUGAUCACUGUGUUUCACAUCAGUUCUGAGGAACAUCAAGAUAUUGAUGUAGCCAUUCUAAGGGCCUUACUCCAAGGCACAAACGCAUCUGCCUUCGAUCAGCUGGUCCUGACUUUGGCCUGGGACCGUGUAGACAUUGCCAAGAAUCAUGUGUUUGUGUACGGACAGCAGCUCCUGGUGAGCUCUUUGGAACAAGCAAUGUUGGAUGCACUUGUAAUGGACAGGGUGGACUUUGUUAAGCUGCUCAUAGAGAAUGGAGUGAGCAUGCACCGUUUCCUGACAAUCAGUCGGCUCGAGGAGCUCUACAACACGAAGCAACCUCCCAACAACCCAACUCUUCUUCACCUUGUUAGAGAUGUCAAACAGAGCCAUCUGCCUCCAAACUAUAAAAUCACUUUGAUUGACGUUGGCCUGGUUAUUGAGUACCUGAUGGGCGGGACUUACAGGUGCAACUACACCAGGAAACGCUUUCGAAUCAUUUACAACAAUCUUCAUGGAAAUAGUAGGAGGUCUGGGCGCCAUACAGCAGGUCCUGGUUUAAGAAAAAGUCAUGAGUCUUUUAGCAUGCAGGCUGACAAGAAGGAGAAGACAAGGCACAACCACUUUAUCAAGACUGCGCAACCGUACAAACCCAAGCUCGAGUCUUCCACCGAGCAGAAACAAAAGAGAAGCAAAGAAGAGAUUGUGGACAUUGACGACCCAGAGACGCGGCGUUUCCCCUACCCUUUUAAUGAGCUCCUGGUCUGGGCUGUGCUGAUGAAAAGGCAGAAAAUGUCACUCUUCCUCUGGCAGCAUGGAGAAGAAAACAUGGCAAAGGCACUGGUGGCCUGCAAACUAUGCCGGUCUAUGAGCUAUGAGGCCAAGAAGAGCGAUGUAGUGGAUGACACCUCAGAGGAGCUAAAGGAGUACUCAAAUGAGUUUGGGAGGUUGGCAGUAGACCUGCUGGAGCAGUCAUUCAGGCAGGAUGAGACUAUGGCCAUGAAGCUUCUGACUUAUGAGCUAAAGAACUGGAGCAACUCCACCUGUUUGAAGUUGGCUGUCUCGUCUCACCUACGACCAUUUGUGGCUCAUACCUGCACCCAGAUGCUGCUGUCAGACAUGUGGAUGGGACGACUGAAUAUGCGCAAGAACUCCUGGUACAAGGUGAUUCUGAGUAUCUUGGUGCCUCCUGCCAUCCUCCUGCUGGAGUACAAAUCCAAGGCUGAGAUGGCUCACAUUCCUCAGAGUCAGGAUGACCACCAGAUGACCAUGGAGGACAGCGAACACAACUUCCAGAACAUAGCUGAAGACAUUCAAAUGGAUGUGUUUAAGGAGACAAGAUCCCAUGACCAUGUGGAGACAAAAAGUGACAUGGAGACACAUGUUCGUUCCAGGAAGCUGCCUUUAACCAGGAAAAUCUAUGCCUUCUAUCAUGCUCCUAUUGUCAAGUUCUGGUCCAAUACGCUCUUCUACUUGGGCUACUUGAUGUUGUACACAUAUGUGGUGCUGGUGAAAAUGCCUCCAUGGCCUUCUCCUCAAGAGUGGAUGGUCAUCGUCUACAUCUUUACGGCUGCCAUUGAGAAAAUCAGAGAGAUGUUUAUGGCUGAGGCUGGCAAAAUAAGUCAGAAAAUAAAGGUGUGGUUCAGCGAAUAUUUCAACGUGUCCGACUUCCUGGCCAUUGUGACCUUCUUUAUUGGUUGUGGCCUGAGGUUGGGCGGAGGUGAUGCCUUUGGCCCUGGGAGGACGGUUUAUUGUCUUAACAUCAUCUUCUGGUAUGUGCGACUCCUGGAUUUCCUGACUGUUAAUCAACAAGCUGGGCCCUACGUUAUGAUGAUUGCCAAAAUGGUGGCCAACAUGUUCUAUAUUGUGGUAAUAAUGGCUAUAGUCCUGCUGAGCUAUGGAGUACCUAGGAAAGCUAUUCUGUAUCCGAAUGAGGAGCCAAGCUGGACGCUGGCCAAAGACGUGGUUUUUCAGCCGUACUGGAUGAUGUAUGGGGAAGUAUAUGCCUAUGAAAUCGAUGUUUGUGCCAACAACAGUGAUCCAUCGGUGAAGUCGCUGUGCACAGCAGGAGUGUGGCUGACGCCUUUCCUACAAGCAGUCUACCUCUUUGUGCAGUACAUAUUGAUGGUCAACCUCCUAAUCGCCUUUUUCAACAAUGUCUAUAUGCAAGUAAAGUCCAUUUCUAAUCUGGUGUGGAAGUACCAGCGUUACCACUUCAUUAUGGCCUACCAUGAGAAGCCUGUCCUCCCACCUCCCUUCAUCCUACUGUGCCAUAUAUACUCCCUCUUCUGUAUGUGUAGAAAAAGGAAGAAGGAGAAUAUCUACGGACCAAAGCUGUUUCUCACAGAGGAAGACCAAAAGAAGCUUCAUGAUUUUGAGGAGCAGUGUGUGGAGACGUACUUUCAUGAGAAGGAUGAUCAGUUUCACUCGGGAAGUGAGGAACGCAUACGCCUUACUUCAGAAAGGGUUGAGGUCAUGUGCUUGCAGCUGAAGGAGGUUGGAAACAAGGUGAACUUUAUAAAGCGCUCAUUGCACACAUUGGACUCUCAGAUUGGCCACCUGCAGGACCUCUCAGCCCUGACCGUGGACACUCUGAAGACACUCACAGUUCAGAGGGCAUCAGAAGCCAGCAAGGUCCACAAUCAGAUCACUCGGGAGCUCAGUCUGUCUAAGAAUGUGGUCCCGAGCAUUGCCCCCAUGUCGACAGACACUGGCCCCCUCUCCAAAUCAUCUGUGAAAGGAAAAAGCAGUGUCAGUGCCUACUUUGGCUCCUCUUUUCCCCAGACAGGAGCUACCAUUGCAGAUGCUCUGUUUGGAAUGGGUGCAGAACGAAGGGCUGGGACAGAAAGCCGACGGAGAAUCGGGCCCAGUCCUGCAUCAGAAUUGGGGCCGGACCCCACCCUGAACCCAGCAUUGAGUCCAGAGAGGAGGGGCUUGUUCGGGCUUGGACACCUCGCUGCAGAGGUUGGCUCGUCAAGCAGUGCCGACUGCAGGGCCUUUGAGCAAAGUGUUGUGCCCAUUUCCUCUUCAGAGCUGCGUCAACGAGGACACUCGCUCACUCAGACUAAGCAGACCCGUCCACAAGAGCCGGGCUCUUCCGACUCACCAUCCAGCCUGCCUAAUGUGCCCUCCCCUGGGGUUCAGUUCCACAUCAGCAGCACCCCCUCCCAGCCCAGUGGCUCCAGCCACUCUGAACUAGCUCUGUCUGGGCUUUACCAGCACCCCCUACAGUCAGACAGCACCUCUGUAGAGUUUGGGGCAUUUGUGGGUAAGUAUGUGAAUGAGGCUGAAUCUGGUGAUGAGAAGAUAAAAGAGGAGGAUGAAAAGUGUGUGUGUCUCUAUCCUACUGUUGUUAUUGUGUCUAAGACUUCUGGCUCUACUCAGCCUGUUUGCUUGCCUGCUUGCGCUGUGAAGCCUGAGAACACAGAGGGGUUAGCAAAGGGGGAGAGAGAGUGGGACUCCAAUUUGGGAUAUGUAAACGAGGCAUUCAGUGACGACGAGGGCAGAUCCGGCUAUCUGAGUAGACGGUAUACAGAUGAUGAACUCUCUCCAGACCCCGAGUUAACAUCACCACUGGGUGACAGCUAUGGAAAUAAUAGACUGCCAGGCUGCACUGAAACGUUUGCUGUGGCAUCCAGGAGACCCCACAGAAAGUGGAUAAAGAGAGUGGGAGUGUCAGAACAAGCAACAUCUUGCUAUGAAGGUCAGAGUUGGUCAGAAGGUCAUCAUGACAAGAGGAGCCUGGCGAGUGGGCCAAAUGCAGCAAGAGGACAUAAAGACAGUGAGGAACUCCAGCACUCUUUGGCCAAAGCAACACCCACCUCCAGCAAACAGCAAAGCCCGACCCCACAGACCAAAUCCCAGGCUCAACCCGAAGGUCACACUCACAUCAGAGCAGUCAACUCUUAUGCUGGCUUCACUGAGUUUGACAGAAACCCAGCCUUUCUUCAUCCAGACUCGACUCUGACAAAGAAGGACAGGAGCAGAGUGUCUGCUGAAGACAUCCUCACACAUGAUGACCCCAGGGCUGCAGUACUGGAAAGAAUUCAGGUCAAAUCGGCCCAAGCCAGCAGCCUGCGAGCCCCUGGGGAAGACACACUAACAGCUGCAGUUUCUCUCUAUACGCCACGUCACGCCCACCUCGGACCCAGAAAGGACUCUAUUGGCUCUCCAUUCAAGCCCAUUGAAAGCUACCAGUACUCAGCUGUGGAGCGGAACAACUUGAUGCGGCUGUCUCAAAGCAUCCCCUUCACCCCUGUGCCACCCAGAGGGGAGCCGGUGACCGUUUACCGUCUGGAGGAGAGCUCCCCGAACACGAUCAACAACAGCAUGUCUUCCUGGGCUCAGCGGGGCCUCUGUGCAAAAAUAGAGUUUCUCAGCAAGGAGGAGAUGGGCGGAGGACUCAGACGGGCCCUCAAGGUGCUCUGUACCUGGUCAGAGUACGACAUCCUGAAACCAGGACACCUGUAUAUAGUCAAAUCCUUCCUUCCUGAGGUGGUCCAAACAUGGCAGAGUAUCUACAAGGAGGACACUGUGCUCCAUCUUUGUCUCAGGGAAAUUCAACAACAACGAGCUGCUCAGAAACUGACAUUUGCUUUCAACCAAAUCAGGCCGAAGACAAUCCCCUAUUCACCGAGGUUCCUGGAGGUCUUUUUGCUGUAUUGCCACUCUGCUGGACAGUGGUUCGCUAUAGAGGAGUGCAUUACCGGCGAGUUCAGGAAGUUCAACAACAACAACGGUGAUGAGAUCGUCCCCACCAAUCUCCUGGAGGAAACCAUGCUGGCCUUCAGCCACUGGACCUACGAGUACACCCGGGGAGAGCUACUGGUGCUCGACUUGCAGGGUGUCGGGGAGAUUUUGACGGAUCCUUCAGUUAUAAAGAGCGGUGAGAAGGGAUCUUACGAUAUGAUAUUUGGACCCGCAAACCUGGGAGACGAUGCUAUUCGAAACUUCCGUACAAAACACCACUGCAACUCCUGCUGUCGGAAACUCAAACUUCCUGAUCUGAAGAGGAACGACUACACACCAGAUAAGGUGACAUUCCCACAAGAAGAACCUCCGAGCACCGGGGGUGGCGUUAAAGAGUCCCGCCAAUCAAUGAGGCUGAUGCUGUGAUGCGUGCGAGGAGACACUAACCUGAUUCAUUAUAGUCAUAGCCAAGGAGCAGGAAGGUGCAAUGAACUGGAAUAGCUAUGUUUCAAUCGAAACUGGUGCAUGCAGACUGUGUCAUGUUUUUCUGUCCCACCCACCAAAAUGCUGUGUGAACAUAAAUCAACCAUCUUACUCUUUGUUUUUUUUUUAGUAUAUACAUGGGAAGGGUGUGGAGAAGGUUUUAAAAUAUUUUGUACAAUUUUAUGAAUAUAUAUAUAUAUAUAUAUGUAAACUGGAUAUAUCAACAGGUACAGUGUCAUUGCAAAGGAUUUAUUUAUUAAGAAGUCUGAAAAGUUGCCUUGUUUUACCAAAAAAAGAAGAAAAAAAAAGAACAAAUCUAAGUGCAUUGUAUAUCUGUUACAGCAGCUUCAGAAGAGAUCGCUUGCUGAAACCGAGUCACUGCUACACGGCGGAUUGCCACCAGAUCAUUUUUACAGACUUGUAUCAAACGUUUUGUCUCUUAGUUAUUGAAAACAUAUACACGAUUAAAGAUCAUGUAAAGUAUGGGCAGAUUGCAAUGCAACUUUUACAGAACAAUGUAUGUAAUUUUAUUGUAUUGAAAGUGUGUCCAGCAAAAUAUCGAUAAUAGUUUUUAUUGUUACAAAGGUACUAUUGCUAUAUCUUUGUCAUCAACUAUUGUAUGAGCAAAUUACAGUCUAGUGUAUCUUAUAGAUACUGUUACCUGGCAUGAGCUGAACAGAUAAAAAUAUUUUAUUCAGGGGAAGUGACAAACAUAAGGGUAUUACUGUAUACAUUUUGUACUGGAUAUCAUUUUAAACAAAUAAAAUGUUAAAGUUUUAGCAACAUCGCCCAAGUCUUAAAAUAAUCAUUGUGUUAACAUUUGUGGUCUCUAUUCAGAUUCUAACUCUUAUGUUUCUGCCUGCAGCUCUUACAUAAAGGAUGAAGUUAUGCUUUUCGCUACCGGGAUCUAGCUGGUCUCCUCCGGCAGGUUCCUGGUGUGAAACUAACAGGACUCACAGGAGAAGACGACAGUUUUGAGGUGUCAGUGAACGGUGAGCUAAUCUACUCCAAGCUGAAGACGGGAGAGUUUCCUGAUAAUGAAGAGCUGACAGAGAAGGUGAGAGCGAUGGUCCCAAAAACGAAAGGAACGAAAAAGAACUGGAAACAGAGAUGCUCUACCCAAUAGGAGGAUGGAUGGAGGAUGAAACGCCAGCUGUAUUUGCACUGACUGUAUUUGACCGAUGUUCUUAUUUGUUUGUGUGUUUCCCUAUUCUCUAUCCAAACAAAUUAACAUAAGCAUCAAAGAAAGGGAUAUUAACACAUUUUGUUAAUUAAAAGUGUCACAGAUCAGACAACUUGUUUGCUGUGAAUGCACACGCAGAUGAAAUGCUGAUGGGAGCCCAUCAGAGGACCUGACUGCUGAUCUGCACUCCUGUUUAUGAAUGCACACACUAAAAACUGCAUGUGGUGCGUGCACGAUGCCACUGGAGAAGCUUUUCAGUUGACCCUGGCCUGAAGAUGUGCUCUCAUCAGGUCUGUGUAGCGCAGGUUGUUAUGAAACAUAUCUAAGUUUAGUUUACAUUCAUCAUUUGGAUUUUCCCUUUUUAGAUAAACAAAAACAUUGUUUCUGUGCCUUGAAUAGAAUAAUUGUGAAUGAGGAGACUGAUGUCACUCUCAUGUAUCUGCCUUAGGAUAGCUCACACAGGUGAACAGCAGUCCUUGUUAGCCCCUUGAUUAUUAUGCUUGUUUAAUAGAAACCUUCGGUUUAUGGAAUAAACGAGUGUCAUGUUUUAACUCCGAGCUGCACGUCAGCUGUGACAAAAUGGUUUUUUGAACACUGUCAAAUACUCGCAGACUGUUUUAAUUCAGAUCUGCUGCUGUGGUCUCUGCACACUUCCUGUCGUCUGUGGUGCUCUGCAUAUAUUCCUGAAGCGCUAUGUAGUAAAUGUGUCAAGCAAACAGGAAGUGCAGGGAGUUUUAAAUAGUUUUGAAGUGUAGCUGAAAAAACCAAACACAUUUUAUCACAUCUUUGAAAUGUGCACAAAGAUCUGAUCAUCACUUUUGUGCCUCACAGGGUAUUGUGUGAAAAAAACAAACAAACAAACCUGAAUGAUGGGAUACAAAUGGACUCUUUCGACACAAAUGAAAUAUAAGAUGUUGAUUGUGGUAUGUUUUUGUGAUUUCCUGUCCUCUCUAUGUUACGCUGAUAAACUAACUAGCGGCUAGCUGCAGCUUCAUAUUGAUGGUGCAGACAUGAGAGUGACAUCCAUCUUUUAAUCCAGUGGGUCUCAAACCUCUUUCUACUGUGCCACAAAUCCCACAAAAGUUUAACGUUCAUUAAGAAUAAGGAAUAUCUAAGCUGAAUUUGACUUAAAAUAAGCUUCAGAUUAGCAUUUGUAGCAUUAGCAACUUCAGCAACACUUUAUAAUAAUGUCACACUAUUAAGCAUUAAUAUAGCAAAUUCAUCAUUUAUAUAGCAUUAUCUGCCUUGGUAUGUCAUUUAUAUACACAAAUGUUUAUCCUUCUGUUACUGUUACCCUUGUAUAGCUAACACUGCUACUACAUACAUCACUGCUGACAAUAAUCACAGUCAUAAUAAUAUAUGUGUAUUUAUAAAUGGCAUACUAAAUAAUGCUUCAUAAAUGAUGAAUUAAGCACUUGCUAAUACCUUAAUAAUGCUUAAUAGUGCAACAUUAUUAUUAAGUGCUACCACAAACUGUCUGUUUAUCCCCUCCCCCUCUCAACUGGCCACCCUAGUGCCCUGCCCCACUGUUUGAGAAACACUGUAACAUUACCUGAUAAGCAAGAGAAGUUACAAGAGUCGAAUAGUUUUUCUUUUUCAUCUUUCUUUUUUUUAGUGAGCCUUGCAUUGUAACAUUUUUAAAGAAGCUAAGACAACAUCAGAUACUUUGUGAACUUUUUUUUCUAGGAGGUAUUUUUUAUUUUAAUAUGUGGUGUAUAUGUUUUAUGCUUUGCCACGCAUAAAAAAUCACAUGGGACUAUUAUUUUGAUAGACCUGUGUGGUGAGUGCACUGUCAUCUGAUCUUUUUAAAGGUUUAGACAGAUUUUGAAUUAGUGACACAUAUUUAAUAUGUUUCAAACUUUUUUGUUCAUGUUUGCAGCUCUUUUUUUCAAAAAUGAAAUAAAAACAAAGAAAUCAC